AUGCCGCUCUUCCUCUCGGAGGAGGAGUUCGAGCUCUGCCGGCACGAGCCGGCGGUGGUGGCGGAGAAGGCUGACCAGUUUAUCCGCGAUCUUCACCGCCAAUUGGAGACGGUCCGGGCGGAGGCUGACGCUGCUUCCAUUGCCGCAGAGCAUACCUGUUCCGUGCUUGAGCAGCGUUACGCUACGCUCUCUGCGGACUGCGCCAAGCUCCAGGCCGAGAAUGCCCGCCUCUCCGGUUCAGCCGAGAAGCGGCUAUCCGAGCUUGCGGAGGCCCGGGCAGAGAAGCACAACCUGCACCUUAAAGCCGUGAGUAAAAAUCCUGGCACCUCUGUUCGCCCUCUCUGCAUCUUUGUUUGCAGUCGCAAAAAAUGCCUCAUUUUGCCAUCGUGCGUUUUACUGUUCUCCUGUUAUCUUGUUAGAUCUCCAAGGACGGAGAGGUAGAGAGGCUUACUGUGGAAGUUUCUGAGCUUCACAAAUCAAAGAGGCAGUUGCUGGAACUAGUAGAACAGAAGGAUGUCGAGAUUGGUGAGAAGAACGUGACCAUCCAGAGCUAUCUCGACAAAAUCGUGAGUUUUUCCUUCGAUCAUCUGCUGCGUCCCCAUUUUGUCUGACUCACUAUAUACGCUUUUUUUAAUGUCUUUUGCCGCUCCCUUUCCUGCACUCAGCCUAAUAUUUCAUGGAAUGCUUUUGGCACCUCUUCUUAUCUGACUAUACUCCUCUGUCAUGCCAAUGGUAGACUUAUAGUCCAACCAAUCCAUUUGUGCUGACAUCAGCAGAUUAACUUUCAACUUUGAAAAUUGCUAAUAGUGAAUCUACGUAUGUGCUGCAUUUUUUUUAUCCAAUCCAUUCUUUUAGUUAUGCUGUGUGUUUUACCUAUUUUAUUGAAAUACAUCACCUGAUGAUGUUGAUAUUCUCUUUUGGGAAAAGAUUCAUUUAACAGAUAAUGCUGCGUCAAAGGAGACUAGAUUGCAGGAAAAUGAAGCUGAAUUGGCACGCUGUCGCUCUGAAUGUUCUCGCCUUUCACAGGUUCACCGUGCUACCCUUGUUUAUUUUAUUCAGUUAUGGCAUAUCUUGUUUUAUCCACUCAUAUAUCUUCUCUACUACUACUGCUGCACUUUUUGGUCAACAUGUACUGACGUUUAAAUAAUUGGGUUGAGGUUUUACCGUUAAACUCAUCCCAAUUGUUUAAAUACUUCCAUUUUAUCUAAAUAGUGUCGUUUAAGUGUUAUGCAGGCGAGCUGUGUUUUGACUUUUUAGAUUUUCCACUCUGUCCGGAUGUCAUGAGAUUUGUGGUUUUAUCAGUUUCAAUGAUUUUUUUAUGAUGCUUAAAUUAGGCUGAUCCAAAUUUCUGUGCAUCAUUUUUGGAUAGAAAUAUGUUUGGUUAUUUGAAUUACAAAGAUAUUUAUAUAUCUGAUAAGGGAGUAUAGUUUUUACUCGCAUAUGAGGGGGUUGGGAACUCUGAAGAUUCUCUUUAUGCUGCACUUUGCAGAGAGCAGAUUCAUGGUGCUACUUGAUUCCCUAAUGAGAGGUUUUGACAGGAUGCUUUAAAACAUUAGAUGUUGUAAUAGGAAAAUUCUGUAAUGAAUGAUUGACAGCUGGAUGUGAGGAAAUUGCGUUCAAAGAAGUCAACCUUGUUAUCCUUUAUCCAAUUCCUCAUUUUUUGCACUGUUAUGGCCCCUUUGUCUCCCGAAUUUCUUCCCCCAAAUCUCGUCUGUUCUGCCCUAUUUGCUUUGCAUUGAUGCAGAUCAAGUUAAAUUACUAUAGAUUUGAGAUGAAUCUUCCACCCCACUCUCUUUCCCUCCUAUCAUUUAGUUUAUGUAACUUAAUCCCGAGGACAAGUUGGAAGAGGUUGGCAAAGGUGUGAGCUGGACUAUUCUUUACGGAAAUGACUUAGAGAUAGUAAAGGCGAUAGAAAAGGAGGAAAGUCGUGAGGGUGAGUAGAAUUUGGUGUUGGAAGGAUGUGAAUUGAGUUGUGGAUCAAGAUAGCUUCUCAUGUUUCCUCUUUUAGGCAAAGUUUGGACUGUUCCAGGAUGUCUAAAAAAUCACGUGAACGUAUUCAGGUUUACAAAUCUCUUGGUACAGCUCAUCUCCCUCACUCUUAUGCUCCUGUCUCUUGUCCCUCUUCCUCAUUCCCGUCCAACACUUAAUGAAGAGAUGAACCUGGUAUCUUCCACCAAAGAUCUGUUAUCAAUUUUAUAUCAAACCGCACAUCACAAUUUCAAGGAGGAAUUAAUAAGUGGUCGAUUAUAUACUAUUCGAAACACUAGUUCGUUUUCGAUUUCUAAUGGAGGAUGAAUGUUUUCUUCUUUCCUGCUUGGCCCUGGUUCUCUCUUUUUGGCUGUUGCAGAUUCUUUCGAAAGAGUUUAUUAUUAAAUUUUCGUUGUUAGCAUGUUAACUAGUUAGAAAUUGAUGGAAUGUGGUGCUGAUUAUCAUUACUUAGAGGUAAUUCGUGUUGAGUAUGUUUCAAUUUUUUUUACAUGCAGGAAAAAGAACUCAUUUCACAGCACAACGGAUGGCUUAAUGAAGAAUUAACAGUAAAAGUCAAUAAUCUAAUUGAGCUUCGCAGAACACAUAUGGACUAUGAAGCAGAGACAUCUGCUAAAAUUACUGAUGUAAGGCUAUUUCUAUUAGAUUCUAACAAACCCAGUUUAGUGAUAGAUAAUUAUGUGAUAAUAUUUUGAAACGCAGCUUGAGAGUCAACUUAGUGAAUCAUCUAAGAAGCUAAAGUGGAGUGAGGAAAGAGUCAGAGAGCAGGAAAAUAAAUUGAAAUCCCUAGAGGAGGUAGGAGACUUUCCAUCAUCUUCUCUUUUAUUUCUUUUUCUUUUCUAUGCUUAUUUUGCUUCUUAUACCAUUCUUUCUAUCCUCAAAAGGAAUUAUACUCGUGCAAAGAUGCUGCAGCUGCUAAUGAAGAUCGUUAUGUGGCUGAGUUGGCUACUGUAAGUUUUAAAUUAAUGUUUUCCAACUUGUUAUAACUGUUUCAUGUUUUAGUAGUUUAUGAGGGCGUUUUCGUUAUACUUGUUCAAGAUUUCUGUCGAAUGGUUGUUAAAGUUUUGUGAUCAUAUUUAAAAUACGUUAGAGAAAAAUAUAGUUUGAAAUUUUAUUAAAAGAGUUUUCAUUCUCAGACUUCAUCCUUAUGAAGGAUUUAAAAUAAAGAGAUAAUUCCUUUUGCGAAACAUUUUAUGGCUCGAUGUUGAAGAUAGAUAAUCUUGGUGGAGAUGGGCUUCAAAGCUGUAUGUGAAUGGUUCAAACCGUGCACUGCCGAGAUCUAGGCGGCAUCAGGUUGUUGAACAGUGUGUUUAGUGGUCUGCUUUGAAGCUGAGCCAAUCAGGAAAAGGGGUUUCUUAUACAGAAGGUUGCAGCAGCUUGAAUCAGUGGAAUUUUCAUUCUUGAAGAAGGGUUGCAAGGGAGGUGGAAUCUGUGGCAACGUCAUCUAUUGGAGACCUUGGUGGCGUGCCCUAAUGAGGAGACCAAAAUAUGGUUAUAAUGAGAUUUUUUAUUGUAGUUUUACUCUACUGAGGAUGCUUGAACUUUCUACUUCUUCUAUAUACUGCUUCCAUUUUUUUGUGUAUAUUCUGUUUCAUCACUGCAUAAUUUAACGUCAAUUUUCCACCCAUUUCAGUGAUUCUGUCAUGCAUGUCAUAAAUCAUUUGGCUCGCUAUGACUUUCAAUGAAUUUUAUUAAUUCUUUUGCUUUCCUUUGAACAACCAAAAGGUUACAAAGCUUGUUGAGUUGCACAAGGAAAGCUCUGAGGAAUGGUCUAGAAAGGCAGGAGAGCUUGAGGGUGUCAUCAAAGCACUGGAAGUAAGAAUUGCUGAAAUUGAAUUACUAAUCUGUGUCAUUGUGUUUUUUUUCUUUUAAUGUCUACAAUUCGUUCUUAUACUGUUGCUGUGAGUGUAGACACAUUUGAACCAAGUUGAAAGUGAUUACAAGGAGAAGCUUGAGAAGGAGUUAUUAUCUAGGAGAGAGGUUGAAAAGGUAUUCUCCUGUCCCUGAAAAGGCUAUGAACCUUCUGUAACAUUUUAUCAGCAAAAGCAAAGAAGAAAUACCUAGUUCUUUACGUAAUAUCAUUUUUUCUUGUAUCUCAGAUACUAGAUUAUACUACUGGUUUAACAAUUCGUUCUUUCUGGUUUUCUGUAUCCUACAUUUCCUUGUUGCCCAUUUCUUGAUUUAAAUGAAGCUUUACCUCUUGAAUCGUUUUUUAGAUAAAUUAAUGAUCAUAAAAGUUAUAAUUUCUUGACACUUGUCGAAUUUCCUUCACUUCCUCUGGAUCUUCGGGGAAAAAAACCUCCUCUUGUAGAGAAAGGGAAAUUCAGUUCGGGGAAGGUUCAGUUCAAAAAUGAGGCAAUUCCUGAGUGUGAGGAAGGUUCUGGACAUGUGAACCGUACGCACACUAAGGAGAAAACAGACACUAAGACAGUCACGUGAGUCACUAAGAUAGUCAUAUGACACACUAAACGGAGUAUUUUAACAACACUUCGGUAUAUUUUUUUGGGCUUUCUCUGUGUGUGUAUUCGUUUUGAUCUGCUUAGGUUUAACAUCUAUCAAGGAUCACACAUCCUUCCAGGAGAUAUUCUUUGGUACUUUUUCGUCAUAAUAUGUUCUGUUUCCUGCACAUUUAGUGAAUCCUGACAUUGAUUGAUAAUGUCGUGUGUGCAAUAGCUGAUUAAAAUGUAUAACAUGUUACCGUAAUUAAAAGAUGCCUUGAGUGUUAGUUGUCCACAAUCUCUUCCAUCAAGAACUGAGGUCCGGCAACAUAUGCAUUUUAGUUCUUUGUCGCAUUCAGUUGUCUUCUGGUUAUUGUUUCUCUUGUACUUUUCAUCAUUAUCUCUGUUAUAGGAGAAAUCGAACCUUCUAUUUGCUAAGAUUUAUUAUUUGGGCUGAUGACUACUUUCAAAGUGAAGUAGAUGUUUGCUGUUUUUCCAUUUGCGUCAAAUGCUGAGAUCAAUGAUAACUACAGUUGCUUAAGUGAAAAAUAUAUUCAGGGUUACAACAGUGAUCACAUAUGGUAAUUUGAGCAUAGAGAUUGUUUGUAUUAAAACAAGGGUAUUCAAGUGUCUGUUAGAUCGGUAAACCCUUGAUGCAAAGAGAAUUUAUGUACUGAUAAUCUUCUCUUUUGUUGUUCUUCUGCUCUUCCUUUCUUGUUAUAGGAGGUGUUGGACUUGAAAGAAAAAUUGGACAAGUGUGAACUUGAGCUUGAGAAAACCAGGAAGAAUAAUGAAUUAUAUUUUCUUCCUCUUUCCAGUUUCCAAAGUGAUGUCACUGCAGAAGAGUAAGUCAUGUCUAUCCGAAUCUGUUAUUUUCUGAAAUAAUUGAAUUUUGAUUCGUUGAUUAUCUUGUUAAACUUUGUCAAAAAUUUACUAUCGAAGUUUGUGAACUCUUCUAGUUUAAUGCAUACUUUGCAUUUUCAACAGACAGUUAUCACCAAAUUUUGUCACAGAUAUGCAAUACUCUUUGAUUCUCUCUUUCGUCCUUUUUAAUGUUUGUAUUCACAUCAUUAUAAGGGAUGUAUAUCAUUUUCUAGAGCAAUAUGUGAACAUUCAUUCCAGUAUAAUCGUGGCACACAAAAAUUAUGUUCCGUCCAUUUUGCAUGGAGGUUAGAACGCUUUAUUGUUUCAGAAAGGUCUUUGUUUGUUAUCGUUUUUAUUUUCUGUAGAAAUUCAUAUGUUUUUUCCACUCAGACUUUUACAAUUCCAAAUGUUUUACCUGGUUGUGUGACCUAAUGAGCUUUAUGUUUCUAUUGUGAUGCUCUUACUUUGCCAGGUUGAUUAUUGGGAAUGAAGACCAGAAUGAAGGCGGCCAUAUGAUUGUCCCAAAGAUACCAGCCGGUGUCUCAGGAACAGCAUUAGCUGCUUCCCUUCUUCGGAGUGGUUGGAGUGUAAGUAAACACAUUAUUUGUCACAUGCUGGAAAGUUAUUUUAUCUUGUUAGUGAUAUAUAACUUGUAUUCUAAAUGGAUAUUUCUUCAUUUUUUUGAUUCACUAGCUUGCUAAGAUGUAUGAAAAGUAUCAAGAGGCUGCUGAUGCUCUGCGCCAUGAGAGGUGGGAGAGGAAGCAUUCUGAUGCCAUUUUAGAACGGGUAUUGUUAUUUUUGAGAUAUACUUGCCUUCAGGAACGUCAUUUUGAUUUGGUUUUAUUUUACUUCGAGUCAAGUGUCAUUUUGUAUGACUGAUAAAUUGAGAGGAAGCUAUCGUGGAUUCAGUCCUGAAUCAUGGAAAUUGGAGUACACAUUCUGGAUAAACAUGCCUGAUUGUGAUAGCUUGUAAAUAGCAAGGCAGAUAAAUCGGUAACGAAAUUUAUUUGUGUCCUGAUGUAAAAUUAUUCAGUUUGCAGAUGAACAAAUCAAUGCAUGUAAAUGUUUGUCCCAUUUCAGGAGAAAAUCAUGGCAAUUUAAGACCACCUUUUAUCAGCGACAAUGCAAAGCCAGAGAUGCUUCCCAUUUAUGCAUGUUUCAGUAAGGACAAAAUUCUAUGUCCGUAGUCAAAGUAAUAAUGUUGUCAACCCUGACUCCCUAUCUCUUUGUGAGAGACUGAAUAGACUCAGACCUAGAUCUCAAAGGGAAUGUAUAUUAUCCUGACGUAAGCCUUUGCAUCAAUGGAGAAGGUUCUGUCAUGCUGAUAUCCUCAUAAUCCUGAUGUCAGGAUGUCAAAGAAAUGUGCCACAGUUUUCAUGGCAUGAAAAAUUCAGAUUAUUGAUAUCCUACAACGUAAUAUUCGUUGCUUGUCACUUCUGCGUCCAGAAACGAAUUAGGAAGUCCCUACCAGAUAUAGUGCAGAUAGGAUGGACAAGACGUCUCAACCGUUUAUUUUCGGAAUGCCAGAGCCUACUUAACCCAUUGGAUCUCCUAAGUAACUAUGAUUCCUUUCCAUACGGUACUAAUAAUGCUAUUAUCAACCAACGCGUGGCCUACUCUUUCUGUCUAGAAACCAAAUGAGAAUACUGAUAAUAUUGACAUUCUAGAGUUUUAGCCUAAUUAGAGGUUCAUACUUUUUUUUGAGGUAUGUUAUAAAAGUUUUUGGGCUGCAGCAUCAGCGACUUAAGUUCUAAAAUUUAAAUCAUCACAGGUUUCCUUGAAUUCCUAUCCUAGCUGUUGUAAAUUCGAGCUGUACUUGAAUUUUUUCAAUAAUUAAUUAUAGAAGGAUGACGACUGCUUUGAAAUGUUUUCAUUGUUACUUCUGCACUUCUCAGGUUCUGCGGGAAAUAGAAGAGAAGGCAGAACUUAUUUUGGAUGAACGAGGUAGACACUUCUUGACUAUCUAGUUUGCUUUCCUUGUGCUCCCACAUUUACAAUUUUUACAGCUAAGUUGUGGAUUGGUUGACACUAUUAUAACACAUAUUUUUAGUUUUAAAGGAAUGAAAUUGUCUCCUAAUUGAUUCUUAUUGUCUCAGAGACUCCAAUUCAAGUCAUAAGGAAUUCUGACACUAGAUGUGUUGCCUCAUAUCAUAACAUUUCUUGGGCAUGUGAUCAGUCUCUUGGUUUGGUUUCGCGAGCUAGCAGAGUGCUGUUAAGAUGCAAGGAGAGUAGUUCAGAGAGAUCAGUUUCUUUAAUGUUCAAAUUUAGUCGGAAAACUUUCCUUAUGAUCAUUUGUCCUUUAUGCUUUAUUAUAAUUAAAGAUGUCUGUUGAAAAAGAAGCUAGGGUAUAAACCUCCAUGGAUUUCUAAUUCUUUUUGCAAACAAGUGGGUAAUGGACCAUGAUGUUACUAGAUCACUUGCAUUUGCCUUUGUUACUGUCUUACCCUGAAAAAUUGCGUGCUACUUAGCGAACCCAUUGUCUCAGCUUGAAAAUGUAGAAUUCUCUCCAUCUGCAGGUCAACUCUGGCGGAUAGGUGGCGUUUUCUAUCUUAGUUCCAGAUCCUAGUAUGCAUAAAUUAUGUGGAUUAGCUUUUCAAAUCAAAUUUUGUUAAAUGCGCGAAUUCUAGUGUAUACAUUUAACAUGCAUAUUCAUAAUUAAUAUUACUGUCUAUGAUGGUGUUUCCGAUCAUUGUUGCUUUUAUCUUGUAUCUUAACAAAACCGCAGGCUGGAACCGUUUUCAUAUUUUUGAUCGUCAUUGUGUUCUACCGAAAUGUGAUAAAUUGGAGUCUUUUUCCUACUUUCAAUCUUUGAUGCAAAUUUUCUAACGUGCUUUCAUAGUUGAUAAAAUUUUCCAUUCGUGCUUUUCAGCUAUCUAGUUAUUUGUAUGUGGCUGUUCCCAAUGAUAUGAAGCUUAUCCUUUGUAAACAAAGUGUGAUGCUUUAAACAGACAUUGCUGGGAUUAUUUUAACAUUCUCAUUUGUGAAAUGUUACUGUUGUUUUCUAAAAUGUUGAUCAAGCCUUUUUUAUUUUUCACAGUGCAACAUGAGAAGAUGGUGGAGGCAUACAGUUUAAUGAAUCAGAAAUUGCAGCAGGCACUUUCUGUGCAUGAUUCUUAUGAGAACACUGUUCGAACACUAAAGGCAAGCAAAGCUUGGUUUCCUAAAGUAGGCUGUAUUUCGUCCUUCUGCUGAGUGUAAAUAUUUGCCUCUGUAGGCUGAAUUGAAGCGUAGUGAGCGUGAUCAACGCAUUGCUCAGAAGGAGAUAAGUGACCUUCAGAAACAGGUAAUGUCUGGUACCUUUUUUGUUGUAGAUCUUCUUUCCUUUUUUUUCUAGCUUAGUUUAAAAUUUUGCAUUUGUUGACGUUUAGAUUGAUAAAACUUUUCAGCCUUGAUGACUUAUUUGUUUUGAUUUUAGUUCUUGGGUUAUCUUCCCUCAUACAAUAAUAUUAAUUUUGGUAUUCCGUUUUCAUGCUAUUUAUUUUUUUAUUUUUUUGUGCUAGGUCACGGUUCUCCUCAAGGAAUGCCGGGAUAUUCAACUUCGCUGUGGAGUUGCCAGUCCACUUAUUCCUGGUGACUUUUCUGCGUCUACUUUCAUUGACAAUCAUGGAACUGGAAUGGAGAAGUCUAUUUCAGAACAAAUUGUGAGUGAUCGUUGCUUUUUUCUCUGACCUAUUUUUGAUUUUUAAUAAUUAUUUUGAUUGCAUAAUUAUUGAGAUGAAAUUAUAUGCCUAAGAAAUACAAAAUGUGAAUGAUUGUCUGUGAAAUAGAUGCGUGCGAACCUCUUUUCUUGUUGUAGACACUUGGUAAGGUAUACAAUUGGAUGGAAUCAACAAAAAUCUUCUAAUUUGAACGGAGUGAAUCAUCCUCGUCAUCGAGUUUCAUUAUUUUGACCACUUGAACAGUGAAAGUAAUAGACCCAUUCAUGAUAGCCUGUUCCUGAACUUUCGCCAAAGCCUUCUAAUAUAUCUCUUGCGCCAAACAGCUCAAAGGGUGGAGCUAAAAGCAACUUCAGUUCUGGCAUUUGUACUCCCUGCUGUUCACCAUUUCUUGAUACUUCUGUGUAAAAAUCUGGGACGUCGAAAAAGUUUUCGCUGAUAAUUUCUGUAGCACUUUUAGGUGCUCGUCUUUUCUGUUUCAAUUUCAUUAAGAUUUCUUCUAAUAGAGCUGGCAUAUAUCAUUAACAGAAGCUGCAUGAACCGAGUGAUUGCUUUUUUUUUUUCCCCCUAUUCAUAUGAUUGAACAUCUUGGUUUUUAACUUUAGGGAACUUUCAGAGGGUUUUCUCAAUGAAAUUAUCAAAAAUUUCUAAUUCGCAAUUAUUGAAACAGCUGACCUUUAAGGAUAUACAUGGGCUAGUUGAACAAAAUGCCCAACUUCGGAACCUCGUGCGUAAGCUCUCUGAUGAGGAGGAAAUAAGGGAUGCAGAGCUAAGGGUAUAGCUAUUUUCCUACCUUUGGAUUACUAUUCCGGCUGUGGAAUGGAUGUGAUACUCCAUCGUACAUGGAAAUUUAAAUCGUUUUCCUUGGAUACCUUUGUUCAGUUGUGCUUUUCGUAUGGCUUUCAGGGUGAUUUCCAAUUGCAGCUCCAGAAGGUUACUGAUGAAGCAGCUGCUAGAGUUGAAGCUGUAUUGAAAAGAUCUGAGGAGCAAGGACAGAUGAUAGAGUCACUCCAUAGUGCUGUACGUUUUUCAACAUGGCUCUAUAAUAUUCUGUGGACUGUAGAAUCAUGUGUCAUUUUCUUUUCCGCUUGGCUUGUCUAUGGAAGGAUGAGGACGAAUUAGAAGGAAGAAAAUGGGAGGUGAAGAAAAAGAGAAAAGACACAAAAGGAACUAAACUCACACGAACCAUCAUUGACAAAUGCUAGUUGCUACAGUUGUUGGCCAGCCUACUAUACGACUUUUUUUCUUUUGCCCUACCACCACCAUGUAAGGGGAUUGAUAUUGAGAAGUCAGGAUUUUGGUGGCGGCAUUGAGUAAUUUUUGAAAAGUUUUGUUGGACCUUUUCGCACGUUACGCUUCUGUCAAAAAUCUGAAUACGUUGUAAAAACACUACGUUCUUGGCAUUGAUAUUUUGUUUCUGGUUCCUGAUUUUUUUUCUAUAUUUUAUUCUUUAAACUUGGAUUGUGUAUGUUCGUUAUAACUAUCUUGUCAUUUAAGAGAGAUGAUAUCAUGUCUUCUCAUGUAGGUUGCAAUGUACAAAAGGUUAUACGACGAGGAGCGUAAAAGCAGCACAUUGAUUUCUCCAACAGCUGAGCCUGUUACUGGUAUUUUUACUCUACCAUCCUAUGUAAUGUGAGAACGAUGAUUUUUUCUUGAAAAUCACUAUAAUUUCUCUGCUAAAUUGAAUUUACCGUUGGAAUGAUACUUCAGCUUGAUGGUUUAUUUUCGUCUUCAUUGUCGAUUUGGUAUCUGCAGAAUUUUUAGUAUGAUUCUUUUAAUGCCAUUUAUUGGAUGUUUUGGGCUGGCCUGGGAUAUGGUCAGUGUUGAACUGAUUGUGUAAUUUGAUUUGUCUAAGCAUACGGUUUGGGGAGUCACCACUGGCCCACAGUGGCUAAGAUUGUUUGAUGCCUUGGUAUACAAACCCAAAACGAUAUACUCCGAAAAUAUUUUGUUAAUCAUGCGAAGUGAUAUAAAAAAAGGUAAUUAAUGAAGAUUGCUGCACUUGGCAGAUCACAAAGAUUUGCCUCAGAUGAGGGUUUUUGUAGAUUUGCAAUUGGUUUUCUGGUGAGAAGGUAACUAUCUAGAUGAGAGACUUUUUCUUUCAAAGGAUAAGCGAAAUUGCCCUACCUGAUUAUAUUAGGAAAAUCAGGUUGUUAGUGAUCCUCUUAUUUUUCUCUGAACAAUGUCAACUUGAACAUCAUGAGGCGCCUUGUGUUGAGGAUGAGGUUUAAGGGUCAGUGACCGUAUGUUGAGCCAGAGCCAUGUGUACUGCGAACUAGAUUCAGAAAAAAAAAAUAAUGUAGACUUCUAGCAUGGCUGGAAUAAGUCGAAGUGAUCCAAUGGUAUACCCAAGGUCUCCUUGAAGAAUGUGGGGGAAGAUAAUGAUGGCGUCCAGUACUAAUAUGGUGGUGUCUUGUUGGAGGAAUAAUUAGAAGCUAGGAUGACUUAAGUGUAAGAAAUUCUUUGAAUGAGUCCUCAUGGUGUCUAGGUUACAUAGAAAUCAUAACUUCCGAUUGUAAAAGAAUUCGGAUUUUCGGUGUAGAAACUACUGAGGUCUAUCUUCUGAGGUGAAUGUUAAUCGGAUAGGAUCUCUAUCUGGGAACUAUUGCAUACAUUUUUCUUACGUGGCUGGUUUUGUGUGAAGUAUUUAGGUGGAAAUAUAGUCAAUCAUUUUAUUUGUUUUCAUUUUUAGUUUUAUUCCAUUUUCAGUUAGAAAAUUUCUAGUAAUCGGCAUUUGUGAUUGACUGAUACUGAAUUUUGCAGAAGGAAGAAAUGACCUUGUACGCUUAUUUGAAGGUUCUCAGGUAAGGAUUUAAUCAAUGUGUUUUACUUGAAUACUCAUUUUGGCAUUUUUAUUUAUAACUUUCAUAUUCCAUUGGAAGGAAUCUGCAAAGAAGGGCCAUGAGCAACUUGUAGAACGCAUUCGUUCUCUUGAAGAGGAGUUGGCUACAUCAAGGUAGUAAAAUAAUUUUUCUAUUUUUGUCCUCUACUUUUCAAACAUUGUGAUUAUAUUCCUUUUUUCCCUCACUACUCUCAGUUUUAAUACAUUUAGAAAUUAAUGGAAAAAUGUGGCAAUUUUUUGCUUUAUAUCUUUUGCUAACAAGGUAAAAUAUCAUGAGGAUGCCACCUUUGAAAUUUGUCAUUCUAUAUCUGACUGAGCAACGGUCAUAUGCUAAUUUCCCCAUCAAUAAAGCUGUACAGGGGAAUUAUCAUGUUAUUCAUCCCUCCUUUUUACAAUUCCUGUCUGUAUUUUUUGGACUUAAAAACUCCACUUGUAAUCUUCAUUUUUUCUAAAGACAUUCUAUUUAUCAUAGCUAUUUAUCAUAGCUAUUGCAUUGAUUCCAUCAAUAACUGUUCCAUGUUCUUUCAUCCAGGAAUGACUUAGGUGCAAUUCGUUUAGAACGUGACAAAAUGGCACUAGAAGGAAAUUUUGCCAAGGAAAAGCUUGAUAGCUUUAUGACGGAAUUCGAGCAUCAGGUAUGUUCGUAUGGUCUUCACAAUGGAAAUUCCUAUGUGAGGCAUUUGACCUCGUCAUUUUUAUAAUAUAGAGGGAUCAAACAAAUGGAGUCUUAGCCAGAAAUGUAGAAUUGACCCAAUUGAUAGUUGAUUAUCAAAGAAAACUUCGGGAGGCUUCAGAAUCUGUGCUAAUGUCUGAGGAACAGUCGCGGAAGUUCUCUAUGGAGGUGAAGAUAUUCUCUCUUUACUUUACCAUCGAUACAUUUUGUGACAGCCCCGAUAAUAAUUCUAUUUCCACAGGUGUCAAUAUUGGAACGUGAAAAAGAAAUUUUAGUAAACUCUGAGAAGAGGGCUUCUGAUGAAGUUCGAAGUUUAUCAGAGAGAGUUCAUCGGCUCCAGGUUGUACUAUUUUCAGUUGGACGUUGUCUGUUGCAGGAAUAAACUGCUGAACGUACAUGUGAUUAGUGUUCGAGAGAAAUAUUGGACACUUGUUUAUUUUUAUUUUGUUUUCUGCAGUCAACGUUAGAUACCAUCCAAAGCAGUGACGAAGUUCGCGAGGUAUGUGUUGACUGAUGCUCGCUUUCUCAAAUAACUUUAUCCUUGAAUUUAUUGGAAAACCCAUGAUAUUGACGAGUAAAAUAUUCAGGAUGCGCGGAGGAUGGAAAAGAUAAGACUUGAGGAGCAUGCAAAGCAAAUUGAAGUGAGUUUUUUUUAUCAACUCAAAGUUAGUUUUUAGAAUGUCAUUAUUGCUUAAUCUCCUACAUUUCUGUCACAAAAGUGUGAAAAACGAAUUGGGCUUUUGUUUAUAACAUAUUUAAUUUCCAGCUCCUACAAGCUUACCAAAUAUUCGAGGAGAACUCUGUAAAAUAAAAUUUGACUUUUCCUGGUAAUUUCAGUUCUUCUUUCGCUUUUUAUCCUCAUAAAUUAAUUACGUACUACGGCUCACCAUGGGGUGAGGGAGUGUAAAAGGCUAUUCGUCGGAAUAGAGAGAGGUCUCAAUGGCUGUUUUAUUGUAUUAGAAAUGUAUGUGACGAGGUAUUUUCGCAUUAUCUCAAUUCGUUUUACCUGAUUGCCCAGGAUGCCUUUCCGAAGAUAGUAUUUUCAGGAAAAACAAGCUAAGUUUCUCGGCAAAUAUGGCUUUGGCCUCAGAACAGUUUUGAAGUUUGGGAAUAUCUUCUUUUUUAUUUAUUUUUUUGGUUUCUUUUAAAAAUCCUGAAUGAAGUAAACUGAAAAUAUAUUCUGUAACCUCAAGUUCAAUUUCUAUGGAAAAAUAAAGGAGUCAUAACAAAUUAGUGGUUAGUGAUAUGCAAAUUAUCUUCGACGUAAAUGAGUUCUUUGCAUUCGGAAGAGUGCCAUGGAAAUGAGGAAUCAGUUGUUUUUCGUUGUACUUAUAAUAAAAGUCAUAAUUGAAAUGGUACAAGCACCGGUGUGUCCUGACGGUAAAAUCAAGAUUGCUGGAGAAUUCUCUGCAAUGGAUUAAUGAUCCUCUGAAGACUACAAGGUAUUGUUAUUAAUCAAGGAGCUGAUGAAAUAGUAUUUUUACUGUUAUGGUUAUGUAUUCUUUCAUUAGUUAUUUGAUGUGUUCAGAAUGAUGGUGGUCACAUGUUGAUGGCGGUACUAGCAGUAAGUUAAUCGGUUUUUAUGCAUGUCUAAUCUCCUUCUUUACAGAGGGAAUGGGCCGAAGCUAAGAAAGAGCUUCAAGAAGAACGUGAUCGUGUCCGCAAGUUGACAGGUGAGAGGGAGAAGAUACUUGAGAAUUCACUGGCUCAAGUUGAAGAAACAAGGAAGCAGUUAGCUGAUGCCUGGCGGGCUGUGUCUUCUGCCGAAUCAAGGGCCGCAGUGGCUGAGGUCUGUACCCUCUUCCCAACAAUGCCCAUUUCAUUAUGUUCUGAUAAAGAAACAGUUUCUUAUGCUUUGACGAAAAUGCAACUAGGCUCGCUGCUCAGAUUUGGAGUCUAUUGUUAAAGGCCAUCAGAAGGUGACUCCUGAACCUGUAUUUGCUUAUUUUUCAUUGCAUAUUGCAGUUUUCUAAAGCUGAUUAUUUCUAAGUUGCAUUGUUGUCUUCAAAUGAUUUAUGUUCCCUUCAGGAACUAUUACAUUAGUAUGCUUACAGUUGCAUGAUAGAAGUUUUUGUGUGAGCUUAUGCAUUUUCUUUUGCCAAAGCUUUUAAAAUGAUUAUCCAGGUACCCUAAUCUUUGUGGUUUUAACAUCUGAUAGCAAUAUGCAUUCAUCUCUUUUGUUCUUUACAGUAUUUUAUGGAGAAAUUUAAUUUUCCAUUGCAACCUUUAGUGUGCUAUAGUUAACCACUGAGCUGCGAUAUGAGAUAUUCCCUACUGGUGUAAUCAAUUAAGCUGUAAAGUAUAUCUCUUUUUUAUGCUAUUUCGGACAUCUAUGCUUAACACAUCCUCGUGAUUAACGUGAUUAUUUCACUGAGAAAGAUAAGCAGUGCCCAAUGCUUAUGAUGAUUCAGGAUAAUUUGAAUUGUCUAUCUUUGCAGGUUGGACAUGACAGCAGAAUUGACCUCUCUCUCUCUUCUCCUGAUGCUGUAUGUAUUUUCCAUUCAUUUCUUUUGAUAUAUAAUGUUCCAUGGGAUUAUGUUCAUUAUUGCCAUUUGUUUACAUAAUAUCCUUAAUUUAGUUUUUAUAGCUUUCUUGUCCUAUGAUCUCCACUUCAUUACCUUUGACUGCUUGAGUUAUAGGCUGAAAUUGUACAUUUUCAAAUGGAACUAAGUGAUACCAUGUGAGAUUUCUUUAGAUAUGUAGGUCAAAUGUUGACUAAUUACCAACAUGUUGGAUAAGCAUAUCAUUGCUGUUCCGUUUGACAAAGCAGUGAGGCCAACUGUAAUAAUAUUUUGAAAUGCAAUAUCUUUAAUGUGGUAUUAAUACUGUUAGGUUCCCUUCUUUGUUUUCCAAAGUGGAAGGCGUUCUUGGUGGAUAUUCGAUAGAGAGAUCCGUGCAAAGGAUUGUUGUGAGAUUUUUGUGCAUCUUGCCUGUGAUUUUACUAUUAUGGUUAGAAACGUCGUACCAAAUUUUUAUUGUCCGACUGACUGCGGAUUUUAGUCGAAUCGUUUUCUUUUAUUAUUGACCUUAUGUGCAGAGCUUUUAGUUUCUGACCUUUUAGUUUUUGGACAUAUAACCAGACACUUAAAAAGUAUAUUUAUAUUUAUUGAAGUAUUUGAAUACCCUACAUAUCAAUACAUAUGUGUACACAACGAUAGUCUUGUAACAUAUGUCAUAUGUGGCAUUUUCUUUUCAAUGAAAAAUAAGAUGAAAGAUGAAUCAGAUGAAGAGAUACCUUUCAAAGAUACAAUUUGUCCAAUAUUUUAGACGUCAUUACUGGGCUGUACCAAUCUGAUAAGGGACACCUUCACCGAGAAUUGCAUAUUUUAUACAGUAAGGUAAAAUAAAUGUUCGCCAGAAUAUGUGAUGUUUACUGUAUUGGUUUUUUUGUUUACGAAUAAGACCAUUUUGGGAAGGUGUAAAUUAACAAUAAUGUGUCAAUGUGUUAUUUUCUGGAAUUAGGUUCCAGAUAGGACUUACCUGCUGCAUCUGUCUGAAACUUAGGCUGAUGACUGUUUAAUCCGUCAGCAGGAGCUUUAGUUGAAGGCCUUUAUUGUGGAUGAUUUAUAACUCCUAGUGCUCUUUACGAUUUGCUGAAACAACUCUUUACGCCAACUCCUUAUGCUGUCUAUAGACUUAACUAUUUGUCAAAUUCUUGUUUUGAGUAUCUCACUCAUGCUUGACAUGAAUUGACGUUCCGUUCAACCAAUUCGUUGUGAUUCCAAAGUGUAACUUUGUCACUAAACUGGAAUCGUAUGUUUCUCAGUACAACGUGCUUGCCAUGUACCCUUGAAUACUUUUUUUGCCAGAAACCCAUGCAUGGAGUUCAUCAUGACUGCUUAUGAAAAGAAUUGAACCAGCUAUCUUUUUUAAACAGAUGUUUCUACAUUUUGCUAGGUUUCAAACGACUUGUGGAAAAUGAAAGAAGAAAUGAACAGAUUGAAGGAAGAAGCACAAGCUAACAAAGACUACAUGUUGCAGGUGACAAUAUUAUUUUCAAAAAUUGUACUUUCUGCAACGAUUUAUUUUCUCAUAUCCGUACUUUUACUGUGGCAGUACAAAGAGAUAGCGCACACAAAUGAAGUUGCAUUGAAGAAUAUGGAAUCUGCUCAUGAAGAGUUCAAGGCUGAGGUAUGCUUAUUCGCUGGGCAAUGGUAGUUGUCUGAGGUUUAGAAAUAUUCAUGUUCUUGCGUUGCAACAAUCAUUUAAACGGAUUAUCCACCUUGCACCAGGCUGAGAAACAUAAGAAGACCCUUGGAGAAGAAAUCCUUUCCCUGAGGGAAAGGGUUGCUGAGCUGGAAAAAGAUUACAUGGUGAAAUCCAACGAGGCUUCUUCUGCAGUUUCUGCGAAAGAAGAGGCCCUCAGUUCCGCAUCAGCUGAAAUUCAGCGAUUAAAGCAUGAGAAUUCUUUAAAAAUGUACAAUAGUCUAUCUGAUCUGGUCCCACUGUGUAUAUUUAACUCUUUUGUUUUCACCUUUAACAAGCUUCAACCGCGUUUACAUUUCAAAAUAAACUUUGACCAAUCUGUAACAGGGCUCAGAUUAUGGAAAUGGAAGUGCAGGUGUCUACAUUAAAGCAAUCUGUGGAGGAAGAGCAUCAACGUUGGCGCAAUGCACAGAACAAUUACGAAAGACAGGUUUGAGUUUUUAUUGAUUUCAUGCUACUCUGUUUUUGUAUAAUGUAGUUUUCAAUUUUUUGUCAUGUUUUUUUCCUUUUAGAAUGCAUAAUAAAUGCAACAUUAAAUCCCCUUGUUAUUUUGGUUACGCAUGUACUUUUUAAAAUUCUAAACAGAAAGAGCUAACAGACAUCUUAAAUUCUUCUGAUACCACUUAUUCGAUAUGAUUUAUUGUUCUUAUUAUAGUAUUGCUGAUCGUUCUUCGUCCUUUACAAAUUGGAUUGCUUGGUGUGUGAGGCGGCCUACUGUUUAAUGGCAUAAGAUGAUUGUAAGAUCAUAGAAAAUGGGAAAAAUGAGUAAUUUAGUGAAUUACGGCGUGAAAUGUAACGGAAAAAAAUUCUCAGGGAUCUUGAAAAGGUUAUCUCGAAAGUACGGAAUCAUUGCAAAAUUAACAGCAUGUGUUAGUGCGAAAAGAAAAAGUACUGCGUCAAUUCAGUUUUUUAGGGGCGGGGGGGGGGCAGCAGGUGUGAUAUAGUAAAUGUAAUGAUGUUGCUAAAUCAAUAGAUUUGGCAUAUAUUUCUCUUACUUUCUGUAGCUGGUGUGAUGCUCUGGACGAGGCCAAACGCCAAUUAUUACAGGAGCAGCGCCAUGCCCAUCUUUUAUGUCUUGUUUCUUUAUGAAUUUCUUUUGCCUCAGGUAUAAUGUGUGAAGGUGAAACCUAGUUUAUAAGUCCAAAAUAACAGUGCAUAUACUAUCAUUAACAGGCCGAUAAAUAUGCAAGUUUAGUUGUAUGUACGUGUGUAUAUUCAAAUAGUGAUCGUGAAUCUUAUCAUGCUAUUUUAUCAUGAAUGCCUGUGUGGCUUUGUCUUAUUGGCAUUACUCUGUUUUACUGAGGUUGUGUAGGUUAUCCUCCUAUCUGAGACGAUUCAGGAAAUGACCAAAACUUCUCAAGCACUUUCUCUGGUUCAAAAUGAACUUUCGGAGCUACGCAAGGUUUCAGAUGCUCAGAAGGCUGAAUAUGUAUGUCCUGAUUCUGAGCUCGGUAUAAAGCUUACUAAUGAAAAUCUACUGCCUAAACCAUCCUUUUUAAUUUCUUGUUUUCUGUUUUAGCUUAUUUUGAUUAUCUGUCUGACCUUAAAAGGUAAAAGUCUCCUUCAGUUGUUUGUUUUCUGUCUUAUGUUUUAGAAUUUGAAAGUUCAGACAAUAUAAAAGAGAACUUGGAUAUCUUUAUUGCUCUGAACUAGGUAGAUCUGGUAGGUUGGCAGUGGGAAAUUUCUGCAUUGUGUAAUCUAAUCUGACGGGGCAUUAAAAUCACCAACAUCGAAAUAUAAUUCGAGACCGGUCACAAUCGUACAGCCUUUGGUACAGUAAUUUGACUGUGAAGUUAUUUUACUUUUGAUAACUCUGCAUAUUUACUUUUGCAAUUAUGCUGCAGGAGACUCUAAAGGAUUCGUGGGAAGCUGAAAAACUUAUGCUGCAGCAAUCAAAGAAUUUAGCUGAAAAGAAGUAUAGUGAGAUUGAUGAGCAGGUUAUUUCUUGCUCGAGUUUCACCAUAUUUAGUGAUUUAUAAUAAUUUUUUAUUCUUAUAUUUAUUAUUAUUAUUAUUAUUGUUAUUAUAUAAUUGCUCUCAUUCAGAUUGUUUUCCUCAUGGUUUGCAUGAAUUUUUUCUUCAUUUUGUCUCAUCAUUUCAAAUCAUCAUGAUUGAAUGCUAAAAUAGGAAAGGAAAUGACAAAGUAAAAGGUACAUUUCGUGGUGUUUAUGGAAAUCGGUAGAAAGUAGCAUGCACUGAAAGGUCUAUAAGGUUUUUUGAUGUCCAGUGUAAAGAAGAAAUGCCAAGGAUGCUGUUGGUUGAAUUUUAGGAAGUUGAACAAGAGGAAGUAUUGGCAUCAAUGAUUGAAUUAUUAAUAAUUCUUAAUAUAGGAAUUAUAUACAGAGGGUUGAUAAUGUGGAAUUCAUUGGGGUGUAUUCGUGAGGUAGUUCUGUAGUUGGAUACUAAGAGAAUGAUUGAGGUACUGAAGCAGUCAGAUCAUUGGAGAUCAGAUUUCGUAGAAGUUGGUUGAGUAGAAUUCUUUUGAAGAAGACAGGAAUUCAACCUGAAGCUCAUAUUGUGGAGUGAGACAACCAGGAUGAUAUCACGUGAGAAAUUAUACUGUUGUAAAGUUCGAGAAUAUAUAGUUAUGCUGGCAUUUACUCUUCCCUGGUAAACAUGGGGUAAAUGACCGAGAGUGAUUUACCUCUGCACCUGAAUGCAUCAAAAAUAAUUUUAGUAACAUUUUGACCAAGUUGCUUACUCGUUGGUUGACCUGAAUUGAGACCUUUAUGACCUCUGGAUUCAAUCCUAAUUCAGAAAGCAUUUUAUGAAUCCGUUUUGUGGUAGUAUAACUAAGGUAAAUCAAGAAUAAAAGUUCUUGUUUAUGUUUGGUGAGGAGUCUGAACUAGACAGCUAACUACCAAUCGAUUAAUUUUUAUUCACCUAGGAGCUGAUGGAAUAUAUAGCUGUCUUAGUGUUUUAUGUUGUCGCCUUGGCAAAAAGCAGCCCAGAUGAUGAAAGCGUACAGACUUGCAAAGAGAGUGACAGUUGUGUUUACUCUGUCGCGAGGGAAUACCGUUUGCAUGAAUGUCACGCAUUGAAGAAAGCAGUCAUGCACUUUCAUACGCUUUGCCCUAUGCAAAGGUGUGAAAAUGCACACAACGUCCUGUAUACGAAUGGACAUUUGCCGUUCACAAGCAACUAAUCAGCUAAAUAGGAACUCUGAUUGCAUCCAAGUCAGUUACUAAUAAAAAAAUAUUAUUCCUUUUUAUUAUAUGUAUACUAUCCCGAAGUAAGAGAGUCAUAUUUCAAAGAUACAUCAAAUAGUGUACUAUACUUAUUUAACUGAUGACUGAUGUAAAGCUAUUCUAAUCUCUUUUGUGGACAGUAUGUUAUUUUUAGAGUAGUAUUCUUAAUUUAUUUUUAUUUCAAGAUUUUAUGUGGUCUAUUUGAUAUUUAAUGUAUUUCAAAGUGUGUUUCUGUGGAUAACCUUGUCUCCUCGGGAUAAGGUAGCAGACCACACUCUGAUGACUUAAAGAGCCUGGCGUCUUCGUAGUAAACUAUAUGAAGGGAUUUCUUGUAAAUAAAGUUUUGGAACUGAUUCCUUGAACUUACUUCUUUGAGACACUUUUCAACGUGGUGCUUAAGCAUCAAGGUAGUAUAAAUCUUACCUUUUUAAAGCAUAUAUGUAGUUGUAAAACGUCCCAUCUGAACAACCAUCAAGACAUGCGACAUCAUAAACUUAAAAAUCAGCCUAACUAUAGGAGAAGAGCCUGAACAUAUAGGACGAAGGCCAGAGCCCCAGACAUGAGUGACAACAAUGAGCUGAUUGGUUUUGAUGGUAGAGGGCUAACCUCAAGCCUGAGUCUUUUGCAAGAUGCACUUGGAGGACUACAAUUUUGCAUUGUGAUGACGGAAGAUGUUGGUGGUGAUUUUUGAGAGCUAGAGUGCUGUUAUCCCUAUGCAGAAAAACUUCACAUUCUGAGGUAUAAUUUAGAGUAACAUGCGAACAAAGGGAAUAUUUUUUCCUGGAAAUCGGGGAUGGUGACUUUUUAAGCAAUUUCGACAUAGUUGUAGCCCACUUCAAGUUGCAAUAAAUGCUUUCUGUUAUGUGAUUUUUUUUCACUUUUUUAUUAACGUUUGUUAAUUUGUGUGUUUUCAGAAUAAAAUUUUGCACAAUAGAUUGGAGUCUAUGCAUGUCAAAUUAGCUGAAGCAGAGCAUGUUUCUAGUAGUACUGGUUUCAGAAGUGGCGCAUCAGACACUCAUGGCGAGAGUGACUUGCAAAACGUUAUUAAUUACCUCCGCAGAUCAAAGGAGAUAGUAUGUGUUUGAUGUGCAUUUUCUUGCUACUGUCAUUGCAAUAAAGCUAGUUUUUAUGGGUUUGAAAUUUCUGAUUUGUUAUUUCAGGCAGAAACUGAAAUAUCAUUGCUCAAGCAAGAGAAGCUGAGACUACAAUCACAGGUUAUAUAUUUUUGAAUUUUGUUCAUUGUUUCUCAGAAGGUCUAGUGAAGAUCUUGUAUUUGGAUUUUUUUCACUCAAAUGGGAGACUACAUUCUUGAGUCUUCAAUCAUUUACUCUUGAUUCCAAUUUCUUUUGGAUUGAGAUUUCUGAAUCUAAAAUUUUAUAAAGUCUAGGCUGUUUCUCGUGUCCAGAUGAAUUUUUUAAUUUGUAAUAAAAAGUCUGAAACUUUAGUAUUCAAAUAAAGUUUAUUACAUCAGGAAGUUAUUGACCUAACUUUCUUCAAAAAAUUAUCUGAACGAUUGUUGAUGUUAACGUGUAUUGAUGAGAAAAGGGGCAAUCGUUUUUGCCAUAUGAAUAAUUAAUUUGGUUGGAGAGUCACCGUAAAUUCAUUCUAUAAGUGUUGUUCCUUGCAAUCAUGAGGCGAAUGAAUCAGUGGUUUAUACAUACUAGCGAUAUGAGUUCCAGCAACGUGCCCUCAGUCAUUGAGUUACUUUUUGCAUUGGUGUAGCUUGAUUCGGCUUUAAAGGCUUCUGAAGCUGCUCAAGCUUUACUUCGUGCUGAGCGUGAAAGUACACGAACAGCGAUGUUCUCAGAAGAGGAGUUCAAAUCUCUUCAGCUUCAGGUUGGCUAUUAUCGGUAUGCUUUUAGCUUGUGAGGUUCGGUAAUGCUUAAAACUUUUUCUUUUCUGGUUCCAGGUGAGGGAAAUUAAUUUACUCCGUGAGAGUAAUUCACAGCUUCGGGAGGAGAAUAAAUACAAUUUUGAGGAAUGUCAGGUUGGCUCACAUUGCAUGCUUUGAAGCCGCGGGAGCUAUGACAUCUAUAGCAUUCACUAGGUUUAUUUGGCUAAAAAAAUCUUUUUUUAUUCCUAGAAACUUCGGGAGACCGCUCAGAAAGCUAAUAUGGAGGCUGAACAGUUGGGUGCCUUCUUAAGAGACAAAGAAAGUGAGAUUGGUCGUUGUCAGAAGGAAAUUGAAGUGUUAAAGAUAGAGAAUGCCCAGUUUGUGGAUCAGAUAAAUGAGGUACGUUGUCAAAGUUGUACAGAGAAUUUGCAGCCAUUUGACCUUCUGACGUGAUUUAAAUUUCUUUCAGCUACGUGAAGGUGCCAAAAAGGUUGUUGAUUUGGUACUCUAUGAGCAACUUAAGGAUGAAUUUCAGCAAGUUCAGGUAAACGGAUGCCUUUUUGAGUCACUUAUGUAACUAUCCUCCCCACAAAAGAGUUUAAUUUGUUCUCAACUUCUUUUGGUGUAUACUUCUUCAGCCAAGUCCGCAGCAUGUGCCUUCUAUAUUUCCUAUAACCACUUUCCCUAGAAAUUCCCAGAAAAAAAAUGCAACUUUGGCUUAUUUCGUUUCAUCCUAGAUUUUAGUAGGCCAUCCAAAAUUGUGUUCCAUAUGCUAAGAGCAGGCAGAAGUCAAUUCGUCCUUGAUGCCGAAGAAAAAAGGAUAAUUCAGGUCUGCUUAUACAGACGUGAACUCUUUUUGAAUGCUGGAUGACGUUCUCUCCCUAUUUCGUAUUCUUCAGAAAAUGAUGGAUAGAUUUCUAAUACAUUCCUGCUUCGCUUUAUUUUGUGCAUAAUGAAAAUUUAAGAUACUUAACUAGGCUCCUAAUGUCGUCGGACUGUGGCUAUACUUGUUUCAUGUUUAAAUCGGUUGUAGUAGCUGUCUCAUUUGUCUAAUGUGUUCUUGGGGUGGAAUAAUCAUGGUGAUACAUUUUGAUUUUGCUCCUCAGGUGAAGCUUAGAGAAAAAGACAGUGAGAUCGAAUCAGUGAAAAAUACUAUUUCCGAGAAGCAAGAAAGCAUUUCCCAAUUCCAGCAGGAACUUCUGAAGUGCAAGAUGGAUUUAGAGGAGCGGGAGAAGAAGAUGAGUGAACUUCAGAAAUUGGAGGUAUUGACCUUAUCUUUAGUUUAAAUCAUCUAUCCUUGGAGGCAUCUCUCCCAAACUCGAUGGGUCACGGUGAUUUUAGAAAAAAAUAUCAAUCGACCUGAUCAUCAGAGAAUCAGGUAUAGUUAUACAAAGUCUCUCUACAUUAUGGUCUGAAAGUAUGGAACUGGCUAACAUGUGGCGUACUGGGAGGAUUCUCCUCACGGUUUCCACCUCUCUGGGUGUGAAACUUGCAGAAUUAUCUUGCUUCUUUUCUCAUUAUGGGUGGAUGGAUGGAUAGAUCUACUUGACCAUCCCCAUUUCACCAUACAGGAAACUCGCAGAUCGGACAUUGAGAAGCAAAAGAAGCUCUCAUCUCACUUUAAGGUUGUAAGAACUCUGCUCUGCUUAUGUGCGUCUGCUUCUUUCAUGUUCUCUACUUUCUGCACAUUUGCACUUAUUUGCCUGUUUUCUUACUUCGUUUAACAGAAAAGGCUCGAAGCCGUUAUGAAGGAGAGGGAAGAACUUAGCAAGGAGAAGCAGUCCCUUCAAGCACAAAUUGAAGAAUUAAAAUCAGGUUUUUCCCUAUACCAUAAGAAAUGAGCUCAAUUCAUACACUUCAUUUACCAUUUGAGUUACCUAUGGUAGCCAAGAGGAUGGUGGGUGAGGGAACAAGCGAGCAGGGCAUGAAAGAAAAGGACACCAGAAUACAGGUGUGUGUGCCAUAUACUUAUUGGCGACUGUUCUCUCUAUGUCCAUCAAUAAUUUCCUAACACCUGAACCAGAUGCUGGAGAAGAUUCUUGAACGGGAAAGAGAAGAUUUGCGAAAGGAGAGGGAAGACAACCGGAAAGAGAAACAAAGGCGGCAAAAAAUGGAGACGACUAUAGUAGGGACUCUUCGCCAUGUUAACCAGGUCAGUUCCUGAUGAUUUCUAUAUUUCCUUGUCCUGAAUAUCAGUGAAAACAGGGGGGGGGGGGGGCUCUCGCGCUAUGCUCACAUUAUUGUGAAUCCAGCCGAGAAUUUUCACUCAUCUACGCCAUUAUUUUCAGAAGAGAAUGAAUAAAACAAGAUCAAUCUCUUCUUCUAUAUUUGAAUUCCGGCUCACUGUAACCUUGAACUCUUCACAGAGGAUAUGCAAUACCUGGCUGAUUAGUUAGUGAUCCUAUAUAUAUACUAAUCCAUGAACCUUAAUAGGUUCACAAUAAAAUUCACAUUAUUAAAAGCGGUAUAUUUAAAAUAAAUAUAACAUUAGUUUUACAGCAUGAUUUCAAAACUCAUCAAGAAUAGCUAGCUCAUGGCUUUCAUACAAAAGUGAUGGAAUGUCAUGCUUUCUGAAAAGGUAAAAAUCGUCUUACAUUUAUUCUGUCAUGCUGCCUGAUUUGUACAUGGAAAUCAAAACAGGAUCAUAAUUCAUUUAUACAAACAGGUCAAUCACUCUAGAAGUUGAACAACGCCCAACUACAUGCCAAAAGAAUUCUAUAGAUUUCUAUUUUUCUCUUCAAAGAUGUCUGUAUUUUAUUGUUUAGUUGAUGCCAGUUGCAGAUCCACUAGCUAAAAUGAUUGUCUUGGUGCGGACUUCAAAGUUAGAUUAGGCGAUGUAUUUUUUUAAUGCUUAAAAACAAACAGAUCUGAUUUGUUUGUGCCAUCAGCUGCGGUUAGCUUCUCUUUUACAUUCUUAUUCAGGCCGGGAUUUCUUGAUUUAUUCGUCUGUUGAUAACAGGAAAGGAAGAAACUUGAAGAAGAGAUUGAAAAGCAUAGGCAGAGCAUAACAUCUGUGUUGGAGGUAGUUUAUCUUAUUCAUUUUUAUUUACUAUGCUUAUUUGCAUGCAUUGUGCCUUGGAGGAAGCUAAGAAAAAAACCCUGAAAAAAGAGGAUAAAUUGGCAUUUUAUAUGGUUAUCGGGGAGUGAUGAACUGUAAGAAGGGAAAGAUCCAUGGGUUUUACUUUAGACGGUCUCAUUGCCUGAAGUCGCUGAACAGAUAAUUAUGCUGGAAGGAAGGAAUCUUCACACAGAAAAUCUAGAUACGCAAAAUAAAAUGGUCUAGGAAGCGAAAGAAGAAAGCAUAAUUGAAUCAAGUCUUCAAGUACCUUAAGUUCGAUGGUGAAACUCCGUGCUUCCCCAUUCACCAAUCAAUCAUAUUUUAUAUCAAUUAUAAUUCAUCAUUAACUUAAAGUACGUUCAUUGUUAAAGUUCUUGAAUAAAGUUAAUUCUUCAUGAGUAAUUCGACUUUAUAUUAAAGACCCUAGGAACACCCCAGCUUGAAUAUCUUUUGCCUAUAUCAGUGCUCUUUUAUCUCCUAAGAAUUCUUCAUGCUGUCCGUGAUUUUCUUCCUGUUUGAUCCUCAGAGUUCUGGAGUAGCAGCAUCUCAGCUUCCUGCUCAGGCCACCAUGGAUGAACAAGCUGCUGCAUACUUUCAAGCUUUCAACCACUUCGAAGAAGUCGCAAGCUCAGCUGUCCAUGAUAAGCCAAGAGUCUCUCCUCCUCCCAAUAACGAACCACCUCCAGACGUCUCUGUAGAUGCAUCUGCUGCCGGUCUUUAUCACAUCACACUUCUGUCUGAGUUUCCACUAAGAAUCUUCUUUUUCUUUACGAAAAUUUGAAAAAAAACAACACUGCAUUUCCCUCUCCAGGUCAACCGAUGCCAAGUCAGCCACGCACGGUUAGUCAACCGGACAAAGCGGUUGAUCAGAGAGAGAGAAGACCCAUUGUGCCCAGACCCGCCAUUGAUGUCCGCAAGAGGAAACUAGUACGACCCAGCCUUGAACAGUCUGACGAGCAGGCGGCCGACAUUGAAAUGUCGGAGGCAGAGGGAUUAGCAGCAGUAGAGAGAGGAAAGCCUGGGGGGGAGUCCCAGGAGCAGCAGGAAGGUCAAGAAACGCUCCCACCGUCGGCGCCGUCGACCUCCACCCGCAAAAGGGUAGCUUCAACUUUGAUUUCAGAACAGAGAGAUGAAGCCUCCGCCCAGGCAGAGGACUCCACUGCAGCCGCUCCCAUUAAAAGGCCGAAAUCUUCUGAAGCUUUGGAGGCAGAGAUGCUGCCUGAAGGUCUCAGCUCGCCCCCCGUGGAACCUGCAGAUGAUGCAGGGGUGACUGAGGUGGCUCUCCUGGAGACUGAGAUCAUCAGCAAUUCAGAGGCCCAGGACAUGAUAAUUCCAAAAGAUCCAGCACAGAAUGAUCAAGGAGAGGAACCCUCAUCAGGGGGCAGCCUUGAAAGUGAGCUGAAGAACGAAGAGGAGGCCGCCAUAGAGGCAGAUUUUGAGAAGCCGAAGGAAUUGCCGGCAUCAAUGGAGGAGUUCCCCAUUGGCCAGGAUGGCCAGACCUCUGCUGAGGUGGAAGGAGAAGAGGAUAGAGAGGAGGGGGAAUUGCCGCCAGAUGCACCUGAGGUAGAGGAUGGAGAACUGGAAGCUCAGCCACCGGAGCUCGUCCUUAGUGAAGUUCCCACCACCACUACUACUGCGGCCGGUGAAAUCCCUGAAGGAGGAGAUGGGCUUGAGAUGGGAUCCCCUCUUUUGGUUCUAGCUGAAGACAAGAUCGACAGUGUGGAAGAACCUGUUGAUGCCUCUGAAGAGAAGGCUGAUAAUGAUCCGGGGCAAGGCCUAACUCCUCUGGCUUCACCCGAGCUCCUACCGAGUGUUCUUCUGGAGAGCACCUCGGAGAUGGGGGCUUCUGCUUCCUCCUCUGGUGCUCCGGCGACGACCUCCAGUGCCGCCUCUGGAGUUGAGGAAGGGGAGCAGGCGGCAGGAAAGAGCAGGGUAGAAGGGGGAGACCCUCAAAGUGGGAAGGCCGUUUCAGAGGAGGCUGAGCAGCGUGCAACAAGAAGCGGCAGCCGGACAAUCAUUCUGACAGAGAGGGCCAAGGAGAGGGCUUUGAUGAGGCAAGCAGGGAUGGGCGUCGCCCGGUCCCCUCCAAGAGGCCGUGGCAGGGCUGUUGGAACCUUCAGGGUAUGUUCUAAAUCUCUCUCUCUCUCUUCCUCAUGGGCUCUAGAGAGAAACAUUUUCCCUAGCCAAAAAGAGGGUGGAGCUGGGGCUCUUGCUUUCGCUCAGCUUAGCCAUUUGUCUGUUCUCUCUCUCUCUCUAUAUAUUGGCCCGGAUGGAGCUUCUAUAAAUGAUAUCAUUUUUUUUCUGGAUUCUGUGUUUGCCCAGUUAUUGCUUGAUGAACUUCUUCUUCUUCCUUUCUUGUCGCAGAGGGAUCUGCGUGGCCCCCGUGGAGGAAGGAGUGGGCGCGGACAGUCUUCUGGUGAGAAAGAGCAAGGCUGA